AUGUCACCUUAUCGUCUAAUCUUUGGGAAGAUGUGCCACCUGCCGGUUGAGUUAGAGCAUCGCGCAUAUUGGGUCGUGAAAGAAGUGAAUAAGCAGUUGCCUAAGUGUGAGGAGGAAAGAAAGUUUCAACUUCAAGAAUUGGAGGAGAAUCGUCUUGAAGCAUAUGAUGCAGCCAUGUGGUAUAAAGAGCGCACUAAGAUGUGGCAUGACAAGAAUCUGCGAGGGAAAUCCUUGAAGGUCGGGCAAAAGGUACUCUUGUUCCAAUCGAAGCUGCGUUUAAUGCCCGAAAAGUUGAAGACAAAAUGGGUUGGUCCGUUCGUGAUUCAAUCUGUCUACCCCAAUGGGGCGUUUGAGAUACGCAGCCUAGAUACGGCGAAGACAUUCACCGUGAAUGGACAACGUUUGAAGCCAUUCUAUGAUGCCUCCUCUUUAGUUCCAGCGGAGUCUGUUUCGUUGUUGGUUCCGGGCACUUUGUGA